GUUCGUUAACCAUAUCUUGAAGUUUACGAAUUUUGAUUAGUCGGAGGCUCUCCAACUGAUAAAACAAUGAGCCCAUUUUACCAUUUCCUCUAAAGCCAGCAGGUCUUGUGUAGUGAAGCUGAUUAUUGUUGACUAUGUGCUUGUUCUAACAUAACUUCCGCGUUACAUAGUGCACUGUUGACUUUGAUCUCAUAUUUAUCGGUCUUUUAAAGCAAUCUAACCCACAGAAUUCAGAUUCUGUGACUACCCAUUUGGGAAUUUGUUGUAAUACAUACUGGGUUUGUUUUCUCACUAGUCUUGAUCAAUCUUUGUGGAAUUUCAACAAAAACCCUAGUGUUUUUCAGGCGUUUUGUUGAGUGGUUUGGCUAUGUUGAUUCCACAACAUGUUGAUAUGGUUGUCAGCAAUAGAAAGCUCAAUAUGGGUGUUCAUGUUUUGGAAAUUUUGGAUGCUUAAAUCACACUCUGAAGACCAUUUUGGAGGUUUUUAAUACUGCCCCUCAUUUAUUUUGUGUUCUUUUUGGUUCAUAAAUGUUUAAGUAUGUGAAAUCUUGAUUCUUCUACUUUGAAGAGAUUGUGGGUUUUCUUAUUUUGAAAUCUGAUGCUGUGGAUACUAUAUUUAUUACUGCCAUGAAACAUUUUUGAUGCUUUCUGUGCUGUUGAUUUAUGGCUUUGAACAAGAAAACUCGGAUCAAAGAUGCAGCUUUUCGCCGUUGUUUGUCUGUAGUUGUCGUUACUUUGUUAGGGGUUUUUCUGCUGAUUUUUCUCUUCCAAACGAAUACAGUUUCGGAUAAUGAGAUCCAAUAUUCGAAUGAAAUUGAUCAGGAUUGUGAAUUGACUAACAAUUACACCCAACUUAGAAGAGAAUUUAACCUUCCCAAACAGAAUGAACUGUCGAUUUUAUUGGAAAAGCGAAAUCAGUUACCCCCAAUAAACUUGGAUAAAUUUCCAAAACUAGCCAAGGAUCAUGUAACAAUAGUUCUAUAUGUUCACAAUCGCCCCCAAUACCUCCGAGUAGUUGUUGAGAGCCUUUCUCGAGUAGUUGGGAUUGGUGAAACUCUAUUGAUAGUUAGUCAUGAUGGAUACUUUGAAGAGAUGAACAAGAUAGUGGAAGGCAUUAAAUUCUGUCAAGUGAAACAAAUAUUCUCCCCUUACUCGCCCCAUGUCUUUAAUAAUAGCUUUCCUGGUGCAUCACCAACGGACUGCAAGGAAAAGGAUGACCCAAUUAAGCAACGUUGUAAAGGGAAUCCAGAUCAGUAUGGAAACCACCGGUCACCAAAGAUCGUGUCGUUGAAGCAUCACUGGUGGUGGAUGAUGAACACGGUGUGGGAUGGAUUGAAGGAGACUUGUCACCAUUCAGGUCAUAUUCUUUUCAUAGAGGAGGAUCACUUUAUUUUUCCCAAUGCUUAUCGCAACUUACAGACGCUCGCAGCUCUGAAGCCUGAAAAAUGUCCUAAUUGUUAUGCUGCAAAUCUGGCACCGUCUGAUGUCAAAUCAAGGGGGGAAGGGUGGGAGAGUUUGAUUGCAGAGAGAAUGGGUAACGUGGGUUAUGCUUUUAAUCGGACUGGUUGGAGGAAGAUACAUAGGAAGGCAAGAGAAUUUUGUUUCUUUGAUGAUUAUAACUGGGAUAUAACAAUGUGGGCAACAGUUUAUCCUUCAUUUGGUGGUCCUGUUUACACGUUACGAGGUCCUAGGACAAGUGCCGUGCACUUUGGGAAAUGUGGUUUGCAUCAGGGCCAGGGGGGGAGUAAUUCUUGCAUUGAUGAAGGCACGGUGAACAUACGUGUAGAAGAGAUUGAUAAGGCGGGCAAUAUCGAUCCAAAAUGGGGAGUGCAUGUUUUUGAGCAUCAAACGGGAUAUCAAGCUGGGUUCAGGGGUUGGGGAGGCUGGGGAGAUACAAGGGACCGUGAAUUGUGCUUGGAAUUUGCUAACAUGUAUCAUUUCAGAGGCAGAACAUCUCCUUGAAGAGUUAGGUAUCUGCCAUUUUUGGAUUUCCAAAUGUUGUAACAGGUGAUGCAUGAAAUUGUUUUGUUAGCUAUUAAAAGAAAGCACACGAAUAGUUUUUGUUACAUGUUUGUAGCAUUUUAGGAAUGUUCCACACAAUAAUUUUCACAAUUUCUGGGAUGACAUCAUGUUUUUGUUCUCCUGGCUUACUGGGUGGUCAGCCCUUUGGUAUUCACAAUUUCAGUAUUCAGAUUCUUCUUGUUUUGUUGAGUUAUUAAAAGAAAACAGAAAUAAUUGUUACAUGUUUGUAGCAUGUCGGGGAUAUUUCCACGUUAUUUUUCACUAUGUUUCUGGAAUGAAAUUAUGUUUUGAUCUCCUGGCUUACUGGGUGGUCAGUCCUUUGGUAUUCACUAUUUCAA